CAUUUUUUUAUGUGAAAUAACAACAAUUUUGUUGAAAAUUAUAUUUUCAAUAUGCGAAAAUGUCUCAUGUAAUCAAGACCAGUUUUAAACAGAUUACACCUAUAACGAGGUAUUUUUAUAGUUGUGGAAAAAAUCCCAAUUUACAAAAUAUUCGAUUUUACAGCAAUAAAGUUACUACUACUCACGAUGAUAUUUAUAAGAAUUUUACUGAUUGGGAGACACUAAAUAAAAAGAAGAAAAUCAGUAAGCCCAUGAGAGCAUACCUAGAGAGAGCUAAGGAACAUGACGAAUUCAUGAAAAAACAGCAGUUCGAAUACAACAUUGGGAAAAGACAUCUAGCAAACAUGAUGGGCGAAGACCCUGAAACUUUUACACAAAAAGAUGUCGAUCGAGCUAUCGAGUACUUGUUCCCUAGUGGCAUAUAUGAUCCAGCUGCUCGCCCUUUGAUGAAACCGCCAGAAGAAGUAUUUCCGGCUCGAAAAGCCGCCGAAUUUGAUGAAGCAGGUAGACCACAUCACUUCUUAUUUUAUACUGGCAAACCUAAUUUCUUUAAACUCCUCUAUGAUGCUGCGGAAAAUAUUCAGCUUUUACAACAGUUUGAAGAUAAAGUUAUAAGAAAAAAAGCAACUCCAGAUCCAAAUGGAAAUUUAGAUUUAAAUGCUACCCUUUGGUUAACCAAAGAUCAACUAGAGCAGCUUUUGGUCGAAAAACUUAACGAUCUAGAAUAUGAUAAUUUCAAAUUAGUAAUGGAGAGACUAGUGUCUCUUCCAUAUUCAUACAGAAUUAAAGAUUUCAUUGAAAAAUACAGAAAAUCAUUAUCCUCACAAAAAUUUGCUUUGGAGAUUCCUAAACCAAGUUAUGAUGAUCAAGGCCGGGCAUUUGUUACAACUUAUGAAUGUUUAAGAAAAAAAGCUAGAGGUGAUGUUACCAUUCGUUCACCAGGGACUGGCUUAAUAACCAUAAAUGGAAAAGAUUUAACAUACUUUGAAGACACUCAAUCGAGGGAGCAAGUUAUAUUUCCUUUGAUAUUUACUGGAUUAGAGCAUAAGGUUGAUGUUGAGUGCAAUAUAGAGGGUGGGGGACCUUCAGGACAAGCUGGUGCAAUCAGAUGGGGGAUUGCUUGGGGACUCCGCAGCUUUGUAGACAAAAGUAUGUUGGAGGCAAUGCAGGUGGCAGGCUUGCUGACCAGGGAUCAUCGCAGGCGAGAACGUAAGAAGCCAGGUCAACCUGGUGCCAGAAAGAAGCCAACUUGGAAGAGAAGAUAGGUUUUGUAAAAAAAAUCGCAUCAUAACACCUGAAAAGGCUAUUUCUCUAAAUAUUGAUGUGUUUAGAUAAAGCUUACAAGUAAACAA